CCAGAUGGAGGAGAAUGAGCAAAGAGAAGAACUGAAUGAAGAGGACGAGAGACGAAACUUCGAGACUCAGAGAACUAAAACAACACAUCUGCACAGCUGUCGUCAGUGUGGAAAGAGUUUCAGAAGAAAAGCCAAGCUGAAAAAACACAGAAAGACUCACGCUGGAGAGAAACCGUACACCUGUACUGAAUGUGGAAAGAGUUUCUCACAGCUGGACAGUUAUAAACAGCACCAGAAAACACAUGAAGACAAGAGAGAUCAUGAGUGUUUGCAGUGUGGGAAGAGUUUUACUACAGCUGGUAAUCUGAAAAUCCACCAGAGGAUUCACACUGGAGAAAAACCUCACAAGUGCUCAUAUUGUGAGAAGAGUUUCAGCCAAUCAGGACACUUGAGAGUACAUGAACGAAUUCACACUGGAGAAAAACCGUUUACCUGUACUCAGUGUGGUCAUGAUUUUAGAACAUCAUCAAAUCUAAAACAACACAUGAGAAUUCACACAAAUGAGAAGCCUUAUGCAUGUCUGUUCUGUGAAAAGAGAUUUUCACAUCUGUGUAGUUGUAAACAGCACCAGAAAACACACACUGGCGAGAGAGAUCAUGUGUGUUUGGACUGUGGGAAAAGCUUUACUCAAUCUGGCCAUCUGAAACAGCACCAAAUGAUUCACACUGGAGAAAAACCUCACAAGUGCUCAUAUUGUGAAAAGAGUUUCAUUUGGUCUUCACAUCUGAAAUCACACGAGCGAAUUCACACUGGAGAGAGGCUGUAUUGCUGUCCUCCAUGUCAGAAGAGUUUUAGAUGGUCAGAAAGUCUUCUCAAACACAUGAGGAAAUGUAAGUGGUCUCAGUGAGCGUCGUCUAGUUUAAGUGUUAAAUUCAUUGAGGAACACUGACUGAGCAGAAGAGGAUCUCAGUGUGGUGAAAUGCUCUGAGAACUGCAGUAAAUCAUUUAAAUCUUUCCCUUUCUUUUGUUGCUGUUCGAUUAAAGACAAUUUAUUUGCUGAUGGUUGCUUUGUGUUUGAUUUUACACUAAUGUGUGCAGUUGAAGAAGAAGCUGUAAAAUAUGAGUCAAUAACUCUGAGCACCGUUAAGUUUUCAUGCCAGUUUUGUUCAAGUAUAUUGUGUUGUUGGUCUCAUUGUGCUGAAAUGCUUUGAGAAAAACUUGAUUUCCUGAUGAAGAAACUAAUAUUUGACACACAGAUAACUCUUACAGUGUGAAUAAUAAUGAAUAACUUCUCUUUAAUGUGUUUUAUAAGCCAUGCUCGUGUCUUUUAUUCACUAAUGUCCAGUUGAUUGUGUUCUGAUUGUUCACUAGUUUGUGCAGUUCAACAAGAGAUGCUGUAAAAUACUAUAUUUGUUUGUUAUAUUCAGCUGUUAAAAAUAUCCUAUUAAAACUGAAGCAGGACAACAAGAAACUGUGAAUCAAAAGUUUUGGGGGUUUCAAUAAGACAAGAGUGUCAGUUUUAUACAUGGCAGAAGGUUUUGUGUUUCUCUAAUAUGUGUAAACACUGUAAUUUGGGGAUAAAUUGAUGCCACACUUUUGUAAUGAAGUAGAUGAUGUAAAAGACAAUAUUACAGCAUUUGAUAGCAAUAAUCUGAAAAAUAACAUGAUAUAUUAACCCGAUCCAAAACAGUAUUAAUCUGAAUAUAUUCCCAACAUGAAGAAGACUAUGAGAUCUGUGUGAAAUAUUAUUGUACAGAAGAAGCUUCAUUACAUUAAUGAUCUGAUGAUCCAGAACAUCCAGAAUGAACUGUGAAGAUACCGAGGAGCGCACAAGUCUGGUGUCCAUGAUUGAUUCUUCAUUGUUGUUUUUGAGGAGAUUUGCUGAUGUAGUGAAGAUUUAGAUUUAAACUGGACAUAAUUAGCACUAUAAUUAGAGUAAACAAUGAAAUAACUGAUCGUGUUGUGUAUGACAGUAACUUCAAGUCAUGAUUAAAUGGGUUACUGGC